UCAGAUAAGUAUUGCUCUCAAGUCUACUCAGCUAGUGUCGCUCAAUAAUCUGUUCAGAUAGUGUUGCUCUAGAAUAAUUUCAGAUAAGUAUUGCUCUCAAGUCUACUCAGCUAGUGCUGCUCAAUAAUCUGUUCAGAUAGUGCUGCUCUAGAAUCAUUUCAGAUAGUGUUGCUCUAGAAUCAUUUCAGAUAGUGUUGCUCUGAAGUCUGCUCAGCUAAUGUCACUCUUUAAUCUGCUCAGAUAGUGCUGCUCUAUAAUAUUUUCAGUUAGCCCUGAUUUGAAGUCUGCUCAGCUAGUGCCGCUCUAUUAUCAGUUCGGAUAAUGCUGCUCUAGAAUAAUUUUGGUUAGCACUGAUCUGAAGUCUGUUCAGCUAGUGUCACUCAACUUGUGCUGGUUCUCAAGCCUGCUCAAGUAGUACUAGACUUGUUUCUACUCAGGUACCACUUUGACCACUGUGUAUGAAAUGUGCUAUAUAAAUAAUCCUGUCUUUCCAUGGUCAGGUGCUCUAGUGUGAUUUCUUUUUACUCGGGUGGGGGGUCAAGACAAAGAUUAUGAAGUUGUUGCAAGAACGUUAACAAUAAAUCUGCAACAUUUAUAAGCUAGAAUCACCAUUAUUCUCACCAAAUCCACUUGUAUAUCAUGCUGCUCCGUUUUCUCUUCUUCCAGUGCAGUGCCACUGACGCAGCUACCCUGGUGUUCCUGUGGGGAAAUCAAGGACUGUUUGUGUUGAAGGUGCCAUAUGUGGUUGGUUGGGACAGGUUGAGUAGGCACUGUGGUCAAGCAAGAGAUUAAUUGGAGCCUGCUAUGUUGACAUUGCUUAGCAUACAAGAUACACUCGGCUGACUUACUAUAGUCAUGUCAAUAAUGCAGCAGGUGCCAAGGUCUGUAGGUUAUAUUGUGACAGUCCAGCACAAAUACACAAAUGCCCACAUGAUACUGAGCAUUGCUAUCAACCAAAUCACGCUAAAACACAACAAAAAUACAGUGAGAAAAGAAACAGUCAUGCCCUCUGCAAUUAAUUUGCUAGCGUGAUUAUGUAACACUCCCCACUGCUUGUCAGGGCAGAUGUGUAGUGGAGCAAAUUAGUGCUUGUAGAUAUUUACAACUCUUAAGUGCUUAAAUUCUGUGUAUUUUUGGAGAAUUAGUUCUUUCAGUGAGUAAUACAAAUUCUCUUUCAUGGCAAUAUUUAACACUUGCCGUCCCUCAAAAAUUAUGCUGGCCCCUGAUGUUUUAUUGAUGCUGUUUUUAAGGAGGUUGAAUAAUUUAGCGAUGCUCUGAAUGUUCAGAGCAAAGCUUACUGUCUUUUCAUAUUCAAAUAAGAACAAGAAAAAAGCGAAGGCUCUCACAGGAUUCCUCACACCAUUCAAGAUGAACAAUACUUCGCACACGCAAGCGAAUUCUCACAAAUGUGUGCAUUUCCAUGAGGACAAGCACAUUUUUGAAGACACGUUUAAUAUUUUUCUUUAAACCUGCAAUUCCAUAGACAAUUUCCUCACCCUUACUUUUAUAUUUAUUCUCUGUAUCACUUUCAACAUGUCUCUUACUCAUCUUUGAUGUGUUUGUCAUUUCUGUUGCUGAUGGUGGAACUGUCUGUGGGUGGCUGGGGAGCGUGGUAACAACGCCAUCAGUUUAACCAAUUAAAAAUUAACUACAGGGGUAAAAUCCCAUCCUGAUGUGAUAAUGAAAGUUGUAGGAAUCUGGUUCAUAAUUUGAUUCAUGGUAAAUCAUAGGUUUUAUCAGAAUCAUCAGCUUCUCCUUAAUUUGAUAUGUAUCUACAUGUUCUAAUAAACUAAAAAUAACUAAUCUGAGAAGACAGUGAUGGUUUUAAUAGCAGCACAUUUUCUGUGCGACCACCUUGACUUGCUUUUAAGAUCUAGGCUCUUUUAAUGUGUUUUCUCAUUGUCUUUGUCCUCCAGGCAGAUAGACAGAAGGGCGUCGAUGGAGGUCUGCUGCCUGAUGCCAACGGUCGGGAUGGAGACCCCAGCGGGCAGAAGGAGAGCGACGGGAAGUGGCAGAAGCCUCGGAUCUCCCGCAAGUCCCUCAUGAAAUGCUGUCUGGUCAAAUGGAUCAUCGCCAGUGCGGCGCCCCAAGGCUCAAACAGCGCUGACAGUGAUCUGGAGUUGGCCAUGGUGCGGCAUCAGCCGGAGGGCUUGGAGCAGCUCCAGGCUCAGACCAAGUUCACUAGGAAGGAGCUUCAGUCGCUCUACAGAGGCUUCAAAAACGAGUGUCCCAGCGGAUUGGUGGAUGAGGAGACGUUUAAAUCGAUCUAUUCCCAGUUCUUCCCUCAAGGAGAUGCAACCACAUAUGCACACUUCCUUUUCAAUGCUUUUGACAUGGACCGAAAUGGCUCUAUACGUUUUGAGGACUUUGUAAUCGGCUUGUCUGUUCUGCUUCGAGGUUCUGUGACAGAGAAACUGAGGUGGGCCUUUAACCUGUAUGAUAUUAAUAAAGACGGCUACAUCACCAAAGAGGAAAUGCUGGCUAUCAUGAAGUCCAUCUAUGACAUGAUGGGCAGGUACACCUUUCCUUGUGUAAAAGACAAUGCUGCAUUUGAACACGUGGAGAAAUUCUUCCAGAAAAUGGACCGAAACAGAGAUGGUGUUGUAACCAUAGAUGAGUUCAUAGAGACCUGUCAGAAGGACGAGAACAUUAUGAGCUCCAUGCAGCUGUUUGAGAAUGUCAUCUAGAGCGCAGCGUGAAGUGCAGAGUGAUUCUGGCUCUUUUUCCACAUCGACUCUCAGCAUCGUUCCAUUUGUCCUCGAGCGCUCCACAGGGACUCUCUAGAAACACUUGUGUUUUGUACCUAGGCCUUGCACAUCAUCUGUAGCAUGUGAAUGAAUAUUCUGAUUGAUUGCAUUGAAUGCUUUAACAAAAGGAUUUGGGUCAGUUUCAUCUUCAGCAUUCAAGACUCAUUUGUAUAUAUGUAGAUAUAUGUGUGCUCUUAAACUGAUUUCUGCCUAGAUAAAUGAACUUUAGCAUGUUUGCCUGCUAUUUGUCUUUUUUUUUUUUUUUUACUAAAAAAUUAAGGCAUCUGUGAAUUAAUCCAUGAGCUGCAUAUGCUGGUAUACUGUAAAAUAAUUAUUUGUUCAUUUAAGAGAAAGUGAAGUGAUGUGUGUCUAUAUUAGGCCAUGGCUUAUUUGUGUAUUAUUUCACAUAAUUAAGUAAGUACAUUUUGCAAAAUUCAAACAAAGAAGUAUUGAUUU